AUCCGGGAGAAGAAUGACUCUCACCCCGUGGUCAAAAACUUCUCUUACAAGAACUUCCAGCAGAGUGUGUUCCAGUUCCUGAAGAGCUACGUGGACAGCUCGGAGCCGCUGCUGCUCACGAUAAUGAAAAAGACUUUGAAUUCAGAACAUUCCAGAGAACCAAAAUGCCCAUCGGUGACUCCUGAGUCUGCAGAUACACCAAAGGACCAGGCAGCAGCUCCAGAGCUCUCGGGAAGGGCAGAGGACCCAGCAGGAGCUCCAGAGCCUGCAGAGAUGGAACAAGACCUGGAGGCAGCUCCCAACCCUGCAGACAGGGCAGAUGACCCAGCAGCAGCUCCUGAGCCUAUGGAAGGAGCUCCUGACCCAGCAGCGACCCCUGAACACCUCACAGCAGCCGUUAAUAACUUGGAAGAUGCUUCAGAGCCUAUGGAAAUAUCUAAAGAACCAGCAGCAGCUCCAGAACUUCCAGGAGUGUCCUGCAGGGCCUCAGAAGGGCAGCCCCCUGGAACUGUCACCACCUACGGGAUUUCUGUGCUGAGAGAAGCUUUCAAGAUCCUGUCCAACUCCCAGGACUCUGAUGCACUCUUCACCAAACUGGAUGAAACAGACUUUUCUUUCCCCAAGCAACUGUCUCCUUCUGUAUCCCACAGAACCAAGAGACGGAAAGAAGAGGAGGAUCACGAUUCUGAGAUCUCAGACCCUCCUGAAAUACCCCAUAAGGGCAAACGCUUGGUGACCAUAAGCAAACUGGUCAUGGAGCAAGACACCCAGUUCAGCGAGUUGAAUGAGAGCCCAGACUCUUCCCAGGAGCCCGUUGUAUCUUCUGCUUCCAGACCUGGUCAGAAAUUGCAGGAGCAGCCUGUGCCCGCUCCGAGUGCCAAGUCCUUCCAGGGAAGGUGGAACAGCUCCUACGGCGAGGAAGAAAAGGACAGUUGGAGUGAGGAGGAUGAGCUCUUCUCGGAUGCAGCGUCACUGGGGACCAACAGCCACAACACGACCAUCUUCGGUUCCAAGAAACAGAAAUGGACGAUACAGGAGAGCGAGUGGAUCAAGGAGGGUGUGAAGAAGUUUGGAGAAGGGAGAUGGAAGGCCAUUUGCCAGAAAUACCCCUUCCAGAACCGCACCUCGGUGAUGAUCAAGGAUCGCUGGCGGACCAUGAAGAAGCUGGGAAUCCUCUGA